AUGGAGGAGAAUCAGCACGGCCAGUUCCACCGCUCCUUUUCGCCUCGCCAAGUCCAUGUCAUCGCCCUGGGUUCCAACAUUGGCUCUGGAGUCUUCAUCGCCACCGGUAAAGCCCUGGCGACUGGCGGCCCUGGAAACAUGGUCAUUGCCUACGCCAUGGUCUGCAGUUGUGUCUGGGCUGUCCUCCAGUCUCUGUCCGAAAUGACCAUUGCUUUCCCCGUUUCUGGCAACUACAUCGACUAUGCCGAUCGCUGGGUUGACCCUGCCUUGGCUUUUGGAGCUGGUUUCGCUGAGUGGCUUGGAUGGACUGCCAUUGUCUCCGCCGAAGCCGGUUUCUUCAACAUCUUGGUUCAGUACUGGGCCGAAGGAUCUUUCCCUCUCGCAGCAACAAUCAGCAUCUUCCUCGUCGCCUGCCUCGUCAUCUUCCUUCUCCCGAACAAGGUCUUUGCUUGGUUCGAAUACGUGACAUCUCUGAUCAAGAUCUUUCUCUUCCUCAUCAUCAUCACUCUUUCUCUGGCCUUGGUCCUUGGUGCUGGACCCAAGGGAAAAGUUCACCACGGCGAGACAUGGACUGACCUACCAGCAUUCCUGAACGGCUUUUCGGGAUUCGCAAACUGCGCUCUUCUCGCUACCUGGGCCGUCGGUGACCAAGUCUUUAUCGGAAUCAUGGGAGGUGAAGCCGAAAGCCCUCGCUUCUCCAUGGCCCACGCCACCAAGCUCGUCCCCUUCCGAGUCAACUUUAUCUACAUGCUCAGCGUCGUUUUCAUCACUAUCCUGGUCCCCUCCAACGAUGAGAGGCUCCUCGGUGGCAGCGGUGUUGCUGCUUCUCCCUUCGUCGUCGCUGUCCAAGACUCUGGCAUCCCCUUCAUCUCCUCGCUUCUCAACGCUGGAAUGAUGUGCGGUGUCCUUGCCAUCGCUGCCGAAUCCGUCUAUAUUGCUUCGCGAGUUCUGAGGUCUAUGGCUCAUCAGGGACUUGUGUCGCAGCGCCUCGCCCAGGUGGAUGACAAGGGUCGACCUAGACUCGCUCUGGUCAUCACUUCCCUCAUUGCCGUUAUCCUAGGCUAUAUUCAGCUCUCUGCUGGAGGUCUCAAGGUCCUGAACUGGCUCAUUUCCAUCACCAGCGCCUCCUUCUUCACCAACUGGAUCAUCAUCGCCUUUACCAACUGGCGCUUCCAUGCCGCUCUCAAAGCCCAGAACGACAAGCUCUUCUCUGAGGUAUAUGCUUGGAAGUCAAGUGCUUGGCCUCUGGGGCCUGGCUGGUUGAUGCUGAUUUCCCUCCUCUUGCUGGGCGGCGCAGGAUUCACUGCCGAAAACUUCUUCCAGUACAUGAUCGGAGUCUUGGUCAUCUUUGGUUUCACUCUCGGAUACAAGCUCAUCUACCGAACGCCCUGGAGAGACCCCGCCACUGCUGAUUGCCAGACUGGUCGACGACCCCUGAGCACCGCAGAGAUUACCCAGCUGGACGAGUACUACAGGAUGCCCAAGUGGAGGCGUUUCCUGACCUAUGUGCAGCUGUGGUAA